AUGUCCUGGCCUCCCGAAUCUGGACUGUCGCUGUGGCCUGUGAACGUCUAUUACCCGCUCAGCCCUGUGAUACCGUCAAGCUCGGAUGAACAUGACAGCUCGCGGGAAUCUCCGUCCGUGUCACCAAUAGAACGCAAGAGGCCAGGCUUCCGCGGUGGUACACCUGGUCUCGGCAGUCGAACGAGCUCAACCACUAGUAUUCUCAAGCUGAACCACUUAUUGCCCAGACUGGAAGAUCACGGCGCCGAUACAUAUGGCGUGCGCGAGGUGCGCGAUGGCUUCUUUGAUGCAGUGUUUCUCAAAGCACCGCGCCUGCCGUCUCAAGAUGGCCUGGAGGCGCUCAAAGCUACCUUGCCCGCUGCCUUUGACAAGCAUAAUCCUCUCACCGUCAAGCAUUUCCUCCCAAACCAGUGGCGCGAGCUGAAAAUCGUCGUUCGAUGCGUCUUUAGCACACAAACAGGAAUUAAGCUGCUCAAAGCGUUCGUGGCCUAUUUCGUCGCUUAUGUCCUUUGCCUCGUGCCGGUGGUACGUCACUGGCUGGGCCACCAGCACUACAUCAUGGCAGUAUCUGUCAUCAUCAACCAUCCUGCGCGAACGGUCGGCGCUCAACUCGACGGCGUCGUAUUCACCAUCCUGGGCACUGCCUUUGGAAUAGCAUGGGGUGCUGUCGCACUGCUCUUGUCCACAUCGACACUGGCAGCAAGUGCUGGAUAUGGUGGAAUUUUGGCGCUGUUUCUCGUUAUGUUCGUCUCUAGCAUUGCUUGGGUUCGCGCAUUCUUUGUCAGAUUCUAUCAAGCAGUCUUAACUGCCGGUAUUGCCAUCAUAUACACGACACUCUCCGAAACACAUAGAACUACAAUCCCGUGGCCGAAACUGCGAGGCUUUGCUGUGGCCUUUCUCCUUGGUCAAGCAAUUACAUUCGCCGUUAAUGUUCUGAUUUGCCCUGAUGCAGGGUCCCGGCCACUUGCCAUGACAUUGCAUCAAUCCCUUCAACUCAUGGAAGAAGCCCUAGAAAGUCCCCAUACAAGGGACCCAAGACUUCGAAGGCAGCUGUCAAAAUCCUUUGUGGACUUGUCGGAAGCAUAUCGCGACAUGGCCAUUGACAGUACCAUAUCACGUUUUCGGCCGGAGGAUGUGCUCGAACUGCGAAACCUGAUGCAGGCCGUUUUAAGGGCCCUUUUAUCAAUGGACACAGAAACUACCCUCUUCGCCAAACCACACAAUAACACCGACAACGGCGAGAAAAACCAGCAAGAGUGCAACAGCGGCCAAAAUGGACAUGCAGAAGAUUUAAUGGAAACUCUAGCGACACCGACAAUGGCUCUUGUAGUGAGCAUGCGUGAGAGUCUUGCCCGAUGCGACGCCGCGCUGUUGGAUAUUUCCGGGCACAGGAAAUCCAUCGGCCCGUCCGCAGACAUCUCAUCCGACACAUCAACUCUGAAGAUUCGUCUCGUACAGAGCAUCGCAGACUUUGACAAGGUCGAGUCCUCUCUCCUGCAAUCGGGCAGCCUCCCCGAUUCCGCGGUCCACGAUUCCGAAACUGUGCAGCUGUUUGUCUUUGCGCGACACGUACGCGAGGCCGCCGCCACCGUGCAGCGUCUCCUUGACCACGUUGGCGAGAUGCAGACCGUGCCCAGCCGGCCGCGAGUGCGCCUACCGUCUUAUCCCCUGUCCAAGGCCGUUUACCGCACAAAUGCCCAGAUCCGGCACGACAGGGGCGGCGUCGUGGCAGGGUCCUACGAGGUGACCUUUGGCGAUAUUGCACGACUCUUGGAUAAGAUCAAGUCUCGCGUUCACAAUCCAACCGCACGCGCUGAUGAUGAUGAACCGGAUUCUCGUCUGAAACCGGAAACGUCCAACACUACCGGCACGCAGACGGUGAACGAUGACGGAAAGCCAAAGACCAAGACCAAGGUCAGAUAUCGGGUAUGGCGCGGCUUGUACCGACUGCAAGGCUACGAGAGCAAAUACGCGCUCAAAGCGUGUAUUGUUGUGUCACUCCUCGCAGUGCCCUCCUAUCUCGAUCAGAGUAAGUGGUGGUGGGAUCGGUACGAGGCGUGGUGGGCUGUCGCCAUGAGCUGGGUCGUCAUGCACCCGCGCGUUGGCGGCAACCUUCAGGACUUACUCAACCGGUCCUGCCUGGCCGUCCUCGGCGCCGUGUGGGCGGGCGCCGGCUACGCCGCGGGAGGCGGUAAUCCCUACGUCAUGGCCGUCUUUGCCGCCGUCUACAUGGUUCCCAUGCUGUACCGCUACACGCUCAGCGCCCACCCACGCUCCGGACUCGUCGGCAGCCUGUCCUUUACCGUCGUCUCUCUCGGCCUCCUCGACGACUUCCGCGAGACGAGCCCGGCCGUUUUCACCGCCUGCAAAGGCCUCGUCUUCUUUGUCGGCACCGCCGCGCCGAUCCUCGCCAACUGGCUGCUGUGGCCGUUUGUCGCGCGCCACGAGCUGCGCGCCGCGCUCUCCUCGUUCCUCUUCUUCCUGAGCGUCACCUACCGCAGCGGCCUCGCCACCUACGUCUACUUUGAGGCCGGCGGCGCGCCCACCGCGCACGACGUCCAGCGCUCCGAGCUGCUCGAGGGUCGCCUCCGCGAGGGCCUCGUCCGCAUCCGCCAGCUGCUCGUGCUGACGCGCCACGAGCUGCGCCUGCGCGCGCCCUUUGACCCCCUGCCCUGGGCUGCGCUCGCCGAGGCCUGCGAGCGCUUCCUCGAGCACCUCAUCGCCGUGCGCCAGUCGGCCCUCUUCUACAACACGGGCACCAUCCGCGACAGCCCCGCCGCCGCCGAGCGUCUGCUGCCACACCGCCGCGACGCCGUCGCCACGGUCCUUGCCAAUCUGUACAUCCUGGCUGGCGCGCUGCGCGCCCACCGCAAGGUGCCCCGGUACCUGCCCAGCGCGGCGGCCGCGCGCAAGGCCCUGCUGGUGCAGUCGGACAAAGUCGAGGCGGAGCUCAUGGCGCAGGAGCAUGAUGAUCAUGGCGGCGGCGGUGCGCUGCGCGAGGCUCACACGCACCGCAAAUGGAGCGACAUUUACCGCUUCUCGUACAACCAAAGCCUGACGGGCUGCAUCGUGCAGCUCGAGGAAAUGGAAAAGUACACAAAGCUCAUUGUGGGCGAGCAAGGAUUCGAUGACCAAUUUAGCAUCUAG